CGGGUUUUUUCCAGCCGAUUUUUGGCCGGAUUGCGCUAUCUAGCGCGCUUGGGCCUCUGGGAGCCAAGCAUCACUCUCGUUUAAUCCCAAAAAAAGUCUCGCAAAGGCUGCGAGCUGGCCAGGGCGACGCUAAGUGUGAAACCGUGGCUGCUGCCCGCGCGUCCACAGCCGCGGUUACGCGCAGCCGUCGGUGACGCGAGUCAUCGGUGACGCGCAGUUGUCGGUGACGCGCAGCCGUCGGUGACGCGCAGCCGUCGGUGACGCGCAGCCGCAAGAAAAAUGACCGCCGCGCCGGCGAGCGACGCCGCGUUCUCGGCGGACGAGUUCGCCGAGGACAUCCGGCAUGCGCUCGAGAGCGACCCAGCCAUCGCGCAAGCUUUACUCCAGCCCGGAAGCAAGCUUAAAGAAAGGACGCUCGAGAUCGAAAGAGAAUUAAGAGAGGUCGAGGUCGGGUCGGUCCGGGACUACGUGCGGCAAUCUUCUAGGGUCGCGGACCUCCACGCGCAACUGCAGCGAUGCGACGGCAUCCUCGCCGAGAUGCAGGAGCGGCUCCUGGGCUUCGAGGCCGAUCUGGGGUCCGCGUCGCGCGAUCUGAAAUCGUUGCGGUCGGAGAGCCGAUCUAUGGCGACGAAACUUAAAAAUAGACGCGCGGCCGAGGCGAAGUUGGGUGGCUUUUUGAAGCGCGUCGCCCUGGACCCGCGGCACGCGUCGGUCAUCUGCGACGGCGCCGUCGACGAUUCGUUCGUCGAGGCCGUGGCGGCCCUGGACGAGACGCUGGGCUUCGCGGCCGAGAGUCAUGAUGAUGUUUCUUUCUCUCGCGACUGGCGGUCGUGUAGGGACCUCGCGCCGCUCAUGGAGAAGCUGAGGGGGAAAGCCACCGCUAGAUGUGGAGAUGAGCUGCUAGAGCGCAUCGACGAGCUGCACCGCGAUUCGAGUAAUGUGCACCAGCUCCAGCGCGUGCGGCUCGCGCGGCUCGCGCCUUUGCAAAGAUUUCUCGAGCGGCACGCGCCCGAGGUCGCGAACCACGUCAAGGACGUCUACGUGGACCGCAUGGCGCGCACGCUCCACGCCCUAUUUCGGGCGUACCACGCCGAGCUCGAGAAGUUGGAUCUGGCGGUCGCGGACCGUAAUGAUGUGGUCGCCGUGCCCGAGGACGCCGUGAGGUACGCGCUGACGGGGCGCGUCUCCCUGGCCAAAAGAGGCGACGGCUUCUCGCUAGGAGAUAGAGCAGGGGUGCUGAAACGCAUGGACGAGCCCCCUUUGUUGGUUCACGUGGCCAUCAAGGAGAACCGGCGCUACCCCUUUGAGGAAUUAUUUCGGUCGUCGUUGCGGCACCUCGCCGACGCGGCGCUGUCGGAGACGCACUUCGUGACGGCGUUCCUGCAUGGGGCGGACCAGAGUUCGCCCGCCGUGCAGUCGACGUUGCAAGCAAUUUUUAGGCGGGCCUUCUCCGCAACUUUAGAACACCUCGAGAACAAGUUGUUUGCGUGCCACGACGCCGUGGGCCUGUUGCUCGUCGUGCGGCUCAUCGAGCGCGCGCGGACGCGGGCGACGCGGGGCCCCGCGCCGACGGCGUCGGCCCUCGACGCCUUCCUCGGGGACUGCGAGGCCUUGGUGCGGCCGCGGCUGCUCACGAUUCUAACCCAGAACCUGGAAGGUGUCAAAAAGGCGGAGUUGAGUCGCCUCGGCGUCGUGUCGACGGCGCCGCACUACGUCGCGCGCCGCUACGGCGAGCUGCACGCCACGGUGUUGGCGCUCUUCCCCGACGAGUGCCGCGCGGCCGCCGCGCGCGACGCGGACGCGGCCUCGCCGCCCGCGAGUCCCGCGGCGUCGCCGGCGUCGCCGGCGCUGCGGAAGAUCGUGGAGUUCGCGUCGCGGCGGUCGUCGGUCUCGAGUACCGCGUCCGCUCCGACGAACGGCGCCGCGUCGGCGGCGGCGCAGGCCGCGUCGUUGAUGGAGGAGCUGCGCGAGCGCACGGCCGAAUUGUUACUGCCUGUGUGGAAAUCAAACCAGUACGUCGGGUGCGCCCGACAAUUCUUCACUAAGUCAUUUCUCGGCGAUGACGCGGCAUUGCUGGCUCCGUCGAGCGGUAAUGAACCGGCACCGCCACGCUAUCGAGCAGGCGUCGCGUCGAUGGCGUGGAGGACGACGCGACGAUUCAGCACGAACGCGCCGUAAAAUUUGAUUUCCACACAGGUUACUGCGGCUCGCGCGGCGCCUCAAGAAGGACAAAGCCAAACGCGUCUUCCUCGUGAACAACUAUGACCUCAUCUGCUCGAUUUUUGCGGAGAGGGACGUCUCGGCCCACGAGAGUGACGUCCUAUUCUGGCUGAACAAGCUUCACGCAGAGCGCGAGGCGUUCGUCGAGGACGCGCUCCGCGAGGCCUUCGCCGACCUGAUCGACUUCGUGCGCGGCGCCGAGCGGUCGGCGGACGCACAAUUGGACCUGGGCCAGGCGGCGGCGCUCGCCAAGAGCUUCGCGGCGUCGUGGCGCGCGGCCAUCGCGGCCGCGAACGCGGACGUGCUGCGGCUCUUCGCGAACUUCGUCAACGGCGUCGAAGUCUUGAAGCAGGUUUUCAUGCAGCUGCUUUUGUACUACACGCGCUUCCAGGAGAUCGUCCGCAAAAACGGGGGGGACGACGUGCCCUUCGCCGGCGACUUCGUGCCGACUGCGACGAUCCUGGACGAGAUCAAGAAGUACUCGCGGAUAUUUUAA